AUGAAUCACACACCAGAAGCCAGAUCAACCCCUUUGAUAAUUGUUUCAGAUGCAAUUAAAGCAUUCAUCAAAUGUCAACUUGAGGUCAGACAUUCUCGAGAUGACUAUUUAGAGUUUCUACUUCUUGCUGCACAAAUAGCUGAACUGCAGGUUGAUGUAGCCAUUCGCAAACCUGGUGCACGGCACAGGGCACGAUGGAUGGCAAAAGCCAUCUACGCAUUAAAAAUUGAACUAUUAUUCACCAUAAAUAAAACCAUUUUUAACUUAAACUGCUCGAGAAUUACAAGGUAUUCAAGGCUCACUGCUGAUGCACCUGUGAAUGACAUUUUGUUGAUACAGCGUUUGCAUGACUAUGACGAUGCAAUUCUUGGUUUGACGAUUAAAAAUGAUGCUGCGUCAUUUUUGGUACAUGAGUCCAGAAUUGGCAACUCUUUUUUCUUGAUGUACUUUGUUGAAAACUGGUCAUAUACUCCUUCUUUCCAAGUUGCAGCAGUGUUUGUGAAGAAUCUGGUUUGCAUCAAUGACUCUGCAGAACGGGGAGUAGCGUUGGUACAACAUUUCAAUGAAACAAUCACCAAAGACGCAGAGCAGAAACAAUUUUUGUUUCAAGUAGUUGAACAGCAUAGGAAAAACUUUGCAGAAUAUAAUCGUGAACUGCUAGCAAAAAUUUGA